GAACAAAAAAAAAAAAAAAAAGAGUGAAGGGGAGGUAAUCAAGAGAAGCAGUGCAGAGCUAGCUAGCCAGGCCCGAAAAUGGAUGCAUGGAGGGGCUUGUUUCUGGGAUUAAUGGCUUUUAUGAUUAUGAAGGGUGGCGAGGGGCAGCUAGUGGAAAACUUCUAUAGCUCGAACUGUCCAAACGUGGAGGCCAUCGUGGCGCAGGCAGUAUCUACAAAGUUUAGCCAGACGUUCACCACAAUCCCGGCGACCCUGCGUCUAUUUUUCCAUGAUUGCUUUGUUGAGGGAUGCGAUGCCUCGGUCAUGAUAGCAUCGCCAAAUUCUGAUGCAGAAAAGGAUUCAGAAGACAAUCUUUCCCUAGCAGGAGACGGGUUUGACACUGUAAUCAAGGCAAAGCAGGCAGUUGAAUCAUCAUGCCCUGGCAUCGUCUCAUGUGCAGACAUUUUAGCCAUUGCUGCGAGGGAUGUCGUGGUCCUGGCUGGAGGCCCUUCAUUCAAUGUAGAACUUGGACGUCGUGAUGGCCUUAUUUCGCAGGCAUCUCGGGUUGCCGGUAAUCUUCCAGAACCCGACUCUCAUCUCAACGAGCUCAACACCAUUUUUGCCAGAAACAAUCUUAGCCAAAUCGAUAUGAUCGCGUUGUCCGGAGCCCACACUCUGGGCUUCUCACAUUGCGACCGCUUUGCAGACCGCUUGUACUCUUCUUCUACUGUUGACCCUACGUUAGAUCCCGACUAUGCCGAACAGCUGAAAGCAGCCUGCCCUCGAAACGUAGACCCCAGCAUUGCCAUCGACAUGGAUCCUGUUACCCCACGAACUUUCGACAAUGUAUAUUACCAAAAUCUGGUUGCAGGAAAGGGCUUGUUUACUGCAGACCAGGUUCUCUUCACUGAUUCUGAAUCUCAGCCUACUGUUGUUGAUUUUGCUAACAAUCCUGGUGCUUUUAAUGGAGCCUUCAUCACGGCAAUGAGGAAGCUUGGUAGAGUGGGGAUUAAGACUGGUAACGUUGGAGAGAUUAGGAGAGACUGCACGGCCUUCAAUUCAUGAAAAUGAUUUCUUUGGCAAUAAUCACACACAGGUCCCCAAUACGGAGAAAACGAUCGUGAAAUAAGAUCCUCCAAAGGAGUUCAAAAUUUGUAGUGACAAUCUGUCAGCUGGUGAUUUGUCAAGUUGUCACCACAGUCACAAAAUUCGUUGUUUACUGAGGAUAGAAAUAGAUUUUAUAUAUA